AAAGUUAGUCUAAAUGUUCUGAAAUGUAUUUUGGCUGAUCUUCCAAAAUAUAAAAUACUUUAUUUAUUUUUUAUUUUAUUAUACUUUGAAAAUAUCAGGUACCAUAUUUGCUAUUAAAUUUGGCAUUAUUUAGCCAAUAAAUACCUACAAUAAUAAUAUAAUAAAAAUCAAACAAUUUUCCACCCCAAAGGAGAUCUGAGAGAUACAUGAAUAAUGUUAAAAGAAUAAAAAAUAAAGAAAAAAAAUUGCCCCUUCACAGUUCCAUUAAUUGUCCCCCUUUUGAGGCCUCAAACAGUGACAAAAUACCCUAUUUAAUCCCCAAACAAUGUUUUUCGUUUGAGAAUUGUUGUUUAGAAAAGUGACCCUUAACUGCGUAGUGCCAGUUCGCCAACUAAUCAAUGUGUUGACUUACUAAAUUGUCAAUUUGGGAAAUGAGUUUCAUUUUCACUUGAAAGGUAACAAAUGAAUAAUAUAUUGAUAAUACCUGUCAUAUGCAGGUCAGAUCGGAAUAUCCGUACCAAGGGGAUCCCGCCCAUUAGGUGGUAACAAUGCUUGCCGAACAUAACGGAAUACUUGUACGUCAGUAAUUUCCGAACAUUUUAGUGGUCACAGUUGAUAUAUUGCACAUUUAAGUGGUAACUGUUACCUAUAGCACACCUUAAUAGUAACUGUUAUCUACGACACACUUGAGCGGUUACAAUUAUCAUACAGCACACUUUUAUGGUAACUGUAUAAUACAGCACACUUUUAUGGUAACUGUAUCAUACAGCACACGUUUAUGGUAACUGUUAUCAUACAGCACACUUUUAUGGUAACUGUAUCAUACAGCACACUUUUAUGGUAACUGUAUCAUACAGCACACGUUUAUGGUAACUGUAUCAUACAGCACACUUUAAUGGUAACUGUAUCAUACAGCACACGUUUAUGGUAAUUGUAUCAUACAGCACACGUUUAUGGUAACUGUAUCAUACAGCACAUGUUUAUGGUAACUGUAUCAUACAGCACAUGUUUAUGGUAACUGUAUCAUAAAGCACACGUUUAUGGUAACUGUAUCAUACAGCACAUGUUAAUGGUAACUGUUAUCAUACAGCACACUUUUAUGGUAACUGUAUCAUACAGCACACGUUUAUGGUAACUGUAUCAUACAGCACAUGUUUAUGGUAACUGUUUCUUACAGCACACUUUUAUGGUAACUGUAUCAUACAGCACACGUUCAUGGUAACUGUAUCAUACAGCACACGUUUAUGGUAACUGUAUCAUACAGCACACGUUUAUGGUAACUGUUAUCAUACAGCACACUUUUAUGGUAACUGUAUCAUACAGCACACGUUUAUGGUAACUGUAUCAUACAGCACAUGUUUAUGGUAACUGUAUCAUACAGCACACUUUUAUGGUAACUGUAUCAUACAGCACAUGUUUAUGGUAACUGUAUCAUACAGCACACUUUUAUGGUAACUGUAUCAUACAGCACACGUUUAUGGUAACUGUAUCAUACAGCACACUUUUAAGGUAACUGUAUCAUACAGCAUACUUUUAUGGUAACUGUAUCAUACAGCACACGUUUAUGGAAACUGUAUCAUGCAGCACACUUUUAUGGUAACUGUAUCAUACAGCACACGUUUAUGGCAACUGUACCAUACAUCACACGUUUAUGGUAACUGUAUCAUACAGCACACUUUUAUGGUAACUGUAUCAUACAGCACACGUUUAUGGUAACUGUAUCAUACAGCACAUGUUUAUGGUAACUGUUAUCAUACAGCACACGUUUAUGGUAACUGUUAUCAUACAGCACACGUUUAUGGUAACUGUAUCAUACAGCACAUGAUUAUGGAAACUGUAUCAUACAGCACAUGUUUAUGGUAACUGUAUCAUACAGCACAUUUUAGUGGCUACUUCUAUUUUACAGCACAUAUUCAAUUACAAUGGUUCAAGUCUUGGAAAGUAGGUAUCAAAAUUCUUAUAACUGAUUUGAUUAAAUUGUUAAUGUUUCAAUUAUUCUUCAGAUGAAACAAGGCAGGACAGACAGAAGAAAGGAAACAUUUUUCAGAGGUUUUUUGAGAGGAGACGUUAUAACCGGAUGAAAACAAAACUUCAAGGCGACCUGAUUAAAUUCUACAGAAAAAGGUGUAGUUCAAUACCUCUGUCACCGCUUCUUGAAGAAAUAGAGACACCUCUAGCUGGGUUCUACGUGAUGCCUGAUAUAGUCGCCGUAAAACAGAAGUCCCUAAACUCCAAUGAAGAGGAACGAACGCCGAUCAAGUCUUUGAAAGACCUGUUUUCAACCGGAAGUGGUGAUCAGCAAGAAAUUUAUCUAUCAGCUGAUGCAGGCUUUGGAAAAACUGCUUUCUCAAAAUAUCUUGCAGUCACGUGGUGUCAAGCUCAUUGUCACGAUGAAAACUACGCCUGCGUUAAAGACGACGAGUUAAAAACGUUGUUUGACUUCAAGUUCUUAUUUUUGGUUUUAUUAAGAGACUGUACCUCAGUUUGCAACAUUGACGAAAUGAUUGAACAGCAAAUUACGAGGAAACUUCCUACUUCUGCAACAAUACGUGAAGUGUUACGUAGAGAAAAAUGCUUGAUUAUUUUGGACGGUCUUGAUGAAUGGAGUCACCCUGAUAAUAGCUGUAGCGAAAUAACAGAAAAAAUCCCACAUCGGUACGUACGUGAUAAUUGUGUUAUUCUAACGACAACUCGACCGUGGAAGCUUGGAGUCGCAAAUCUCAAAACAAGUCAAAUAAACAAAAAAGUAGAAUUGGUUCAAUUAAGUGCAGAUUCUACGCGGCAACUUGAAGAAAAUGCUAUAAGAAAAAUGACCGGUGUCCGUGACGAUAGAGUACUGGAGAGUAAAAUAUGGGACUUUAAUAAAGUGAUACGUGACCGUCGCCUAGAGCACAUGCAAGUGAUUCCACUCCUCCUCAUGUAUAUAGUUUGCCUAUGGUGCAACAACAUUCCUAUAGGAAAUUCAAAACAUGAAAUUUACACCAAUAUCAUUGAAUUUCUAUUAUCAAGAACGUCAAAGAAACACCCGGAAGUUCAACCAUCUUGUGAAUUGUCUGCCAGUGAAAUUCCAGAAUACUUCAAAGGUCAUGAAUUUUGUAAAAAGUUUUACAGUCUUAUAACAUCAUUAGCAGAACUAGCUUACCAAACAUUAUUUCACAAAAACAGAGAAAACACGCUUGUAUUUGAUAGAACAGUUGCUGAUAUAUAUCUCAAAGCAGACGACAUGAAAUUAAGUCUUUUCUCAGGAAUACUGUCAGAAAGUAGAAGUAAAACUUUAAUUAGAGAAAUUAGUAAAGUAUCGUUUUCUCACAAAACAGUGCAAGAAUUCUUUGCCGCCAUAUUUAUAAGUUCUCAAAGUGACGCUCAGAAAACUGUUGUAGAAAAAUGUAGAAAUGUUCAAGACAUUCUGGACAUGUCAAAAAUUUGUGAAUUUAUAAGUAAAAUGAAUGCUGACCUGAUGUGUGAAAUAUCAAAUGAUUUGAUGUCUGUGAUAAAUGAAGACGAGGAAACACGCGACUAUAGAACUAGGACACGUGACGAGGACUUCCUGUACAAUACUCCACCAUUGUAUAACAUACAGAAAAUGUUCAUGUCGUGUUUACAAGAAAUGCCUGAAAGUGAAAAUAUUCAAUUAUGUUUACAAGAUUUCUUCAUUGACGAGGACACCGUGGUGGACAGUAAGCUGUUACAACGUUUAUUAAAACAAAAUAAAACCAACAUAAAAUCACUUUAUAUAAACAUGUACAAUACUUCCAGCAGUUUACGUGAAAUUAUAGAUUUAUUCUCUCUCACAGAUCUCAGUCAUAUACAGAAACUUUACUAUUAUGGUGGCAGGGAGAAGGAGGCUGAGAUAACCCGGAUAUUGUUUCCCAGUUUACAGUACGUUACUUUGUGGGGCGGUACAUGGAUAAAUGAUGAAGAAAAUCUGAGUGAAAAUUUAGCGCGAGUACAAAACUUACAAUAUUUAUAUAUUAGAUACUUCACGUUAUCUCACAAAAUACUGGAAACAUUUUACAAUUUUAUCUCCGCUCAAAAAUCAAUGAAAGAGUUAACAUUGGAGGGGUUAGACUGUAAAGAACACAAGUACCGCCGCCAUGAUUGUAAGAGAUUGAACUUGGACUUGUCUCAACAUUCAACUCUAUCAAAGUUAAACUUGUCGUGGUUACCUGGGAGACUACAAUUAAAUAUAACAACACCGUCAUUAGUUAAUGUUAGGUUGUCUCGCAUCAAUCUAGAUGAUGAAAGUUCAUUGUUACUGUCACGUGACAUGUUGAAUAUUGAACGUGUGGAGUUGGUGGGUAUAGAAAUGUCUGCAGAAAGUUUACAGAACUUUAUUACCGUGCUGAAAAAUCUGCCGCAGUCAGUUACAGUAGAGAUGUCCGCCAUUAAACCGAGAACAGAAUAUGACCGUGUUAGAGAAAAUAUUCGGAGUUCACAAACUUUUCAUGUGAUACAAGACGAGGACGACUGGCGGCGGGGGAUUGAGUUCAAAACAAUAAAACCAAGUAAAGAAUAAACAAAGGAAAAACAUUGUAAAAUAAACUAAUGAAAUGACUUCAAUAAAUUUAAAUGAAAACAAUUUAAAAAUGGACACUUAGAAAACAAAAUGGCGGUUUCUUCAACGUUAUACAUGUACUGUAUAGUUUGGUCAUUUAAUUUACAAACAUUUAUUUAAGUUUAAAGUUUAAUUAAGUGACAGUUGUUUAUAAAUAAAUAAAUAAAAA